GGCUGAGCAGAGGGCUGCAGUGGACACCAGUGAGGGGCUGAGGAGUCACUGACCUGAGGGCUGAAAGCUGAGGAGAAAGGGCACAGUGAAGGAGGUUUUAGGCUGGAGUCAUGAGGGUGGGAGCAGCAGCCUUGGCUGGGGGGAUUUUUGGGGCGGUAGCGACCCUGUGUUUCUUCCUGGCCUUUGGUACAGACUACUGGCUGGUGGCCAGUGACAACUGUGGACCAUAUACACUGCCAACGCAAACAACCCUGACAGGGGAAAAAGAUGCCAAUGGGACUGAGAUCCAGUUGGAGGUUCCUCCUCCGUCUCUCACCCUCCACCAUGAGGGUUUCUUCUGGCGCUGUGUGUUUCAGGUGGAGCCCACAACACAUGCAGUCCUGGCCACUCUCUUCACAAACCAGCCAGAGUCCAAGGUGUGUAUCCAUGGUUACCUCUUCCCUCUGCCUGUUGCACUUGGACCGGUGCCUCAUCCAAGUUAUGAUGCUACAGCAGUGUUUCGGGGUUUCUGGACCCUGCUGAUAAUCCUCGGGCUGGUCUCAGCUCUGACUGGAGGCUUCCUCUUGGUCUGUGGUGUCCCCUUCAUCAGCCACAAACUCUACAAGUUAGGAGGAGCCUUCCUCAUCACUGCUGCUUGCCUGUUCCUGUUCUUGCUCCUGCUCUACGUGCUGUGGAUGGAGGUGGUGGACGUGAAGCGCUACGUCCUCCAGGAGAGAGGAGAGGCGUGUCCAGAUGCCAAGGUUUCAGUGCUCUACGGCCUGUCAUUCAUGGUGGCGGCAGCUGGCGUGCCUCUGGAGCUCGUCUCUGGGUUGGUCUUCAUGAUGGUGGGCCGAGCGCUGCAUGCCAGCAAGUGAGCUCAUCAUCUGGCC